AUGCAAUCUCUAACUCAACUUCUCAUCAUCUCCACGCUAUCCCUCUCGGUUUUCUGCCAAUAUGAUGCGGCUCCGAAGCCGGCCGAGCCAGUGAAACAGGUCAGUAAGAGGUCGAGCUUUAAGAUUCGGCACGAGGGUUAUGUCGGGCGGGGGAUACAUGGGCUUUCAGUCGGGCCGCAUCAUCCGCCGUUUGGGAACAGCCGGCGGAAAGUUAGAGAUAUCAGCGUAAGUCGCAGGUAAAAUUUCAACGCAUUGUGCACGCACUCAUAAAGGUAAACGCUUUACUAUCCAACUUUUAUUAUGCAUUGCUGAUCUACACAUUCGUUAAAGAGCUACUUAUUGUGGUGGACCUGAUCCAGUGGCAAAAAAUGUACCAUUUUGCAUCCGGGAAGUAUCAAAAAUGUGGCAAAAUGCUUCCCUCUCCAAGUGAAAAAACUCCGAUUUUAGAAGCGCGUUCGCUCUUUUUGUGAGGGAAACGGCGCGCCAAACGAAGAUUUUUCACUUGGAGAGGGAAGCAUUUUGCCACAUUUUUGAUGCUUCCCGAGUGCAAAAUGGUUUUUUGCCACUGGAUCGGGCCCUUCACUGUAGACGCAAAAAACACAAGCACCUUCCUUAAAUUUCAAACUCACUGCACCAUACAACUUACACUGCACAUUACCAACCACCAAUAACUUUUCAAUUUCACUAUGAAAUUGCCAUCACAGAAGCCCACAAACUUUUAAUCCACCAUCACUUUCCUUCUCAAUCCUUCCUACGUCAAAUUUAUAUCCCCUUUACAGAGUUCCGACUAUGCAGCAGCUCCAGAAGCACCUGCUCCCGCACCACCAGCGCCAGCCGCGGCUCCGACACCAGCUUCCCCUCCAACAACUACAAAGCCCAAGUUGGAAGUCCAUCAAGCCAUCUACGACGGACUAGGGGUGAGUUUUUUGCCGUUUACUCAAAAACUAGCUCUAAAACAAUAAGAUACAGUGGGGGCGUUGAUCCAGUGGCAAAAAACGUACCAUUUUGCAUCCAGGAAGUAUCAAAAAUGUGGCAAAACGCUUCCCCUUCAAGUGAAAAAACUCCGAUUUCAAAACCCCUUCAAAACGAAGUUUUUUCACUUCGAGAGGGAAGCAUUUUGCCACAUUUUUGAUGCUUGCUGGAUGCAAAAUGGUACGUUUUUUGCCACUGGAUCAGGUCCCUCACCGUAAUUAUACAGCAGUAAAGACUAGUCCUCUCAACUAUUUUCAGGGAAACUUUGCCGAAGAACAGGCUGAUCCCACCUCUCCCCACGUUGAAAUCGCCGCAACGAACCCCAAGAAAUCCGAUGGAGGACAAAGUCAAGCGAUUUAUGCUGCCGGAAGUGUAAGUCUGCUUAUAGAACCUCUCCAAAUCCCCAAAUAUAAAGUCGUCUAUACAGUAAUUGCCAAAUCAACCUUAAAAAUCAAUUUGCUCUUUGAAAACCCUCGCUGUUCCCACGUGAAAAAAAAGAGAAAAGGCGAAUUCCUUUAGUGUAAAAUCCUGGUUGUUUUUCUCUCUUGGAAAUCAGGAAGUCCGUUCGGAUCGAAAAAACAAUCAGCACCCAAGACUGUAUUAAUUUUUACACAGUCUCUCCGUAUUUUUAUUAAACACAUUUUUUGGCCAGCUCUUAUAACCAAAGGUCCAUUUAAACUUAAUUUUUAGGCCGAAGCCGAGACCCCAGAGGCUGCCCCAGCCGCGGAAAAAGCCGCAGAACCCGCUCCAGCCCCAGAAAAGGCCGCAGAACCCGCCCCAGCCCCCAAGCCAGAAGCGAAAAAGGAGCCCGCUCCAAGCCAGGCCUAUCGGCAAGCUCGGCUUCGAUUCUAA